UAUCUCCAUCCCCGCACGACGCCGUUGGAAAGUUGUUGACAGUUUCGCUUGGCCUCUUCCUCAAGUUCAAUUUUUUUCCCGUGGGGGUCAAGAACAAUCGGCGUAGUUCUUCGAUUUUCUGAAGAAUUGAAGAAGAAAAUGGCAGGUCAUAGUUUAUGGGGUCACUUACCACUACUGGUGAGAGCGAACUCGAAAGAAUCGGUGGAGUAUAUACUUCAAGCCCUCUGGAGAACUCGCAAGACCGGUCUCGAUGCCGCCGAUCGCGAUAUCAUCCGUGAUAUGCUCCAGCUUCAUAGCGACACCGACCUCGACCCUCUUCUUGUAUGCCUUCGCAUGUUGAUUCGCAGGCUUGUUUAUGAGAAUGUUAGCAAGGAUGAGAUUCAGAAGCUAUUUCCCGCCGAAGUCCUGCCCGAAAUACAAAGAUUAUUGACACUUUUGUUGCAAAAAUUUCAGAGGGAGUGGCAGGAAGAUAUACAAAAAGAUCAGGUCACCUUGCCCAACUUGAAGACAAUGACAUGGAACAUGGCAAAUCAGGACACAGAAUUGUCAGACCCAAUGGCGGUUAUCAAUCUGAAGCUUUCUGAUGCACGGUCUAAUGCAGGAGAAGUGGAUGUGAAGUUCCAGUUAGCUAAAGAUACUCUACAAACAAUGUUGAAAUCUAUGUACUGUAUAAAAGACCAGCUGUCUGAUUCAGGUGAAAAAUCAGACAUACAGCUAUCCCAGGAUAGAAACAUGGUUUAGCUCUCCCUUCCGUCUGAACUGAGAAGGUUCUCUGAUGAUGGGUUUCAUGGCUAGUUGAUCAAGUAGUUAUUCGAUUUUGUGGGGCCUCUUAACUUAUUUAGUGAUUUAUUAUAAGACGGUGAUAUCACGUAACAAUAAUGAUGUGUUGAGUACAGUUAUAUUGAAUAUUUACUUGUAUCCUCUUCUUUCUUGUGAAUAAAAACCAUGAGAAGUUUCAAGUGCUUUCUCAUGUGCUUCCAUUUAGACUAAACAGUAUGUGAUAAGCAUUGGCUUAUGUUCAGCCAUUGAU